CAUAAGUAGCGAAGUACGAGUCUCCUAGAUUCUGUAGCGCUAUCUGAUUGGUUCCCGAAAGCUUACUGUCCAUCCCGAGCGUCGCCUUGGCAGGAGAUAGGAAGUCAAACGGACAUGGAUGUGUUAUGAAGAUCAUCCCCGGACUCCGGUUCGACUGCGGAGUCCCCUGUAAGUAGCAUCCGUGCCACUGGUAGCCAACCAGCCUAACGAUGCCGUUAUCUGCAUAUCGGGAGCGGCCGGCCUCGAAAACGGUAAAGCGCGGGUCGCGCUGACAUUAGCAUCUUAGCAAUCCCAAGCGAAACUCGAGAUAAGGGAAUCCAGGCAUCGCCCAACUACUAUCUUAACUCGAUUCGGCCGCGCCGAUAUGCUAUGAUAUGCUUUGAUAUGACGAUUUCCAACCUUUUCUUGGAAAUCAUGCCCGAAUGGCAGAGCUAAGCCCAAUGGCCAUGUGCGCGCCCUCCAAGAAACGUGCCCAGGCGCCUUGAAAUCACGAAAAAUGACAAUCCCGUAUUACAUAGUAGCCAUGCAUUGAUAAGGUGCCUGUCCUCGAUAUGCGCCCCCUAUAUAAGCCAAGGCGCAUAUCCUAUCUAGGUAGGUGAAACAGGUUCUUACUCACCAGGCGCGGUUCAUUGCACUUCAAGCGGUACCCCAUUGCUUCAAUUCACGAUGGUGUCAUUCAAGUUCCUAUCUCUCGUCUGCACGGCAUCCUACGCCCUAGGAUCGCCCCUGCCCCCUCCUGCGAAACCUCUUCUCGUCGUUCGGGACGAUACCGUCACCUACAACGCCAGCCUACCCAAUGUGACGAUCUUCGCAACCGGCGGAACGAUUGCCGGGUCGGCAAGCUCUAGCGGCCAAACAACGGGAUACCAGGCCGGCGCAGUCAGCAUCGCGUCGCUGCUCGAAGCCGUGCCGGAGAUCGUGAAUAUAUCCAACGUGCAGGGCGUGCAGGUAGCCAACGUCGGGUCCGAGAGCAUCACGCCCGCGAUCCUGCUCAACCUGACGCAGCUCGUGCAGAAGGAGCUCGACAGCCCCUACUGCCAGGGCGUCGUCAUCACGCACGGCACCGACACCCUCGAGGAAUCCGCCUUCUUCCUCGACCUGACCAUCCGGUCCGAGAAGCCGGUCGUCUUCGUCGGCGCCAUGCGCCCCUCGACCGCCAUCAGCGCCGACGGCCCCAUCAACCUGCUCGAGGCCGUGACGCUGGCCGCGGACCCGGCGGCGAAGGGCCGAGGUGCCAUGAUCGUGCUCAACGACCGCAUCGGCAACGCGUUCUUCACCACCAAGACCAACGCGAACGCGCUCGACACCUUCAAGGCCACCGAGCAGGGCUUCCUCGGCUUCUUCAUCAACAUCAAGCCCAAGUUCUACUACCACCCGGCGCUGCCGCUGGACAAGCCGUACUUCGACCUCUCGGGCGUCAAGAGCGCCGCCGAGCUGCCCCAGGUCGACAUCAUCUACGGGUACCAGGCGCUGAACCCCAACUUGGCCAAGGCUGCCGUGGCGGAGGGCGCGAAGGGCCUCGUGCUUGCGGGCAUGGGAGCGGGAGGCUGGACCGAUGACGGAAACGAUGUUAUCGAGGAGCUCAUCAAGACCAACGGCACGCCCGUGAUCUACUCGCGGAGGACGAUGGACGGCUACGUCGAGCCGACCGGAACCUUCGGAAUUGGCGGCGGCUUCUUGAACCCCCAGAAGGCGCGUAUCAUGCUGCAGUUGGCUCUGCAUGCCGGAUACGGCGAGGCCCAGCUGAAGACUAUUUUCGAGUAUUAUGGAUAGACGAUAGAAAUGAUCACCAUUCAAUAAUGAAUAAUGAUAAUAGAUUCGAUUGAUAUAAACUGAUGCCUGCGCCAAGAAAUGAUACCUAUGAU